CAGAAUCUCCUCAGUGGAAGCAUCGAAAUUCCUCAUUUCCCUAAUCACCUUUAUCUUCCAUGGCUUGAUACGGAAAAUCCGACUCAGAUGGACUCUCUGCAAAGUCUACCUCCACUAUCGACUCUAUCCACCUCGGUUGCCUCCGCCCUCAACGCUAAACUCGGCACCAACGAGGACCUAACUCAAGCACCGAGUUUCGUAGCCGAGUUUCUGACUCAGUGCGAUGAUCUGGAACGGAACCUACUUCAUCUCAACAGCACCCUCGAAUCAAGCCUUGCAUCUUACGCUUUCUUCUCCAAUCGUAUCGGCGACCUCUUCAGCCUUGCAAAUUCAAAAUUAGCCGAUCUCGGUUCCUCCGUUUGUUCUAGGAGCUCCGUUUCAGAUGGAGAAGGGUUGGGAGAGGAGUUGCCGUCGUUGGCCAAGGAGGUGGCCAGAUUGGAAGCGAUCCGAGCAUAUGCAGAGGUUGCAUCAAAGCUUGAUAAUUUAAUUGGUGAUAUUGAAGAUGCUAUCUCUUCUACGAUGAACAAAAAUUUGAGAAAGGAUUCUUCAGCACGAAACCCAGAAGAAACCCGCCUGGUUGCUAUUAAAACACUCAAACAGACAGAAGACUUGUUAACCUCAGUGACAAAGGCACGGCCUCAAUGGGCACGUCUAGUCUCAGCUGUUGAUCACAGGGUAGAUCGAGCUCUAGCAAUAUUAAGACCCCAGGCAAUCGCUGAUCACCGAGCCCUUCUCACGUCCUUUGGAUGGCCACCGGCACUUUCCAAUUUGACUUCCUCAAAUAUGGAUACACAGACUUCAAGUGAAGUCACAAAUCCUCUUUUUACAAUGCAUGGUGAUCUCAAGCACAGGUAUUGUGAGAACUUUCUUGCCCUGUGCCGCCUGCAGGAGUUGCAGAGACAAAGAAAAUCUCGGCAACUUGAGGGCCAUAAUCGAGAGGUUGCCCUUCAUCAACCACUUUGGGCCGUUGAAGAGCUUGUCAAUCCUGUAUCUAUUGCAUGCCAACGCCACUUUUCAAAGUGGAUUGAUAAACCAGAAUUCAUUUUUGCUCUGGUAUAUAAAAUUACAAGGGAUUAUGUUGAUUCAAUGGAUGAGUUAUUGCAACCAUUGGUCGAUGAGUCACUGCUGACUGGGUACAGUUGUAGAGAAGAAUGGAUUUCAUCAAUGGUAACAUCCUUAUCAACAUAUUUGGCGAAAGAGAUAUUCCCUAUUUAUAUUAGGCAACUGGAGGAAGAGAGUGCGACUGAUUUAAAGUCUCAGGCUAGGACAUCUUGGCUUAAUCUUAUUGACUUGAUGGUCAAUUUUGAUAAACGUAUAAAGUCUCUCAUAGAACAAUCCGGGAUCUUGCUUUCCCUUCAGGAAGAUGGGACCCCAUGUAAGAUUUCAUCUCUAUCUGUCUUCUGUGAUCGACCUGACUGGCUCGAUAUAUGGGCAAAAAUAGAUCUAGAUGACGCAAUUGAAAAACUAAAACCAGAAAUAGACGACGAAAGAAACUGGAUUAAGAAGGUUCAAGGGGCAGACCUCUCUAAUUCUGAUGAUUAUAAAUCCCCUGCAGUUUCCAGCAUUACUUUUAAGUGUUUAUCAUCUUUGAUUGAACGAUGUCUAUCAUUGCCUACAGUUUCUUUGAGAUCAAGGUUUUUGAGAUUAACUGGUAUACCAGUCAUAAAUUUUCUUUUGGAUUGCUUACUUCUCAGAUGCCAAGAAGCUGAAGGAUUGACUGCCUUAACAGAUGAUGACGCUCUAAUCAAAGUUUCGAACUCCAUUAAUGCAGCUCACUAUUCCGAAUCUAUUUUAAAAGAAUGGUGUGAAGAUGUUUUUUUCCUUGAGAUGGCAUUGGAUCAAGGUGAUCAUCUUGGAGGGUCUGUUGCUGAAUAUAGUGGUAGUGAGGGUCCGAUUGAGGAGUAUGGAAAUGGUAUUUUCCAUGAGGAGAUUGUUACGAUCGAGGAUUUCAGAACACAGUGGGUUGAGAAGGUAACUGUAGUUAUUUUAAGAGGAUUUGAAUCUCUAUGCAGGGAUUACAUAAAGAACAGAAGACAAUGGCAGGAAACGAGCGAAGAAGGGUGGACUGUAUCGAAAACAUUGGUGGGUGCCCUGGAUUAUUUGCAGGCAAAAAUGUCGGUAAUAGAAGAAAAUUUGAACAGACUAGACUUCCCUGGAAUAUGGAGAAGCCUGGCUUCUCGGGUGGAUCGGUUGAUUUUCAAUGGCAUUCUUAUCAGCAAUGCGAAGUUCCAUGACGACGGAGUGGAGAGAUUCGGGUAUGAUAUGGAGGUUUUGUUUGGGGUAUUCAGGGCAUGGUGUCUGAGGCCCCAAGGUUUCUUCCCCAAAGUGGGCGACGGCUUGAAGUUGUUGAAGAUGGAAAAGGAGCAACUUCAAGACGGCCUGAAAGGGGGACAGAAAUGGAUCAAGGAGAACGGAAUUAGGCAUUUGAGUGCAGCUGAGGUGGAAAAGAUUGGGAAAAACAGAGUAUAUACAAAAUAAUAAAAAUAUUAAAAAUAAAAACUAAAGGCUCUUGUGUU